UUCUGUCGCCUACCGUACCUUCCCACAACAAAUGAUUCAGCCUUCCAUAAUUCUUCGUCUUCCUCACUUUAAGACACAACUGAUCGGUUUCCAAAUCUGAAGUCUCUUCCAUUUUGGCCAGAGCUCAUCAAGGUCACACCAAUGGAAACCACAUUUCUCAAAGUGCUUCUUAUCAUCUCAAUUCUGCUCACUGUCAGUGCUCAGGUUGAUCACUCCAGCUUCUAUCUUAUGAGUGAGGAAACUGAAUGGCCCUGGAGGAUGUCAGUGCAUGAUGAGUUGGGUGCCAAUGAAGAGGAAGAAGGUGGCAGUGCUAGGAGAUCUCUAUAUUGGAAAGCAACACACUAUUACAUUUCUUAUGGGGCACUUUCUGCUAACAGGAUUCCAUGCCCACCUCGGUCUGGAAGGUCUUACUACACUCAUAAUUGUUUUAAAGCCACAGAGCCUGCUAACCCCUACAUCAGAGGCUGCUCUAGAAUCACGCUUUGCAGGAGAUAAAAUAAGUGUUUAGGAGUUGCAGCUUUUAUCCGAACAUUGUUCCAAUUGAUUUUGUAUGACUCUUUGUUUCACUCAUUGUUAUAUUAAUAGGAAGUUGUUAAAUCUUGUUCAACUGAACCAGCUUUGAGAUCUUGUGGAUCUGAGUAUAUGAUUUGUUCCAGCUACCAAAUCAAGUGAAUUGCCCUGGCUUUAGCUGUUGGAUUCUCUUUGCAGGAUUAAGCAAUGAAAUAAGAUCAACA